CUGCGUCCUCUGAUCUCUCUGAAGCGCUGCUAGAUUGAGCCGACUAUGAAGCAGAGCCGCGGAGAGACCUGCGUGCUCGCGGGAUCUAACGGACUGAAUGGAACGAGGUCAUCGGGAGUCGAGCGUGACCGCAGCGGCCAUCCUUCCCGCGUGGCCGGGAUGGCGUUGGACAUGCGGGGCAAGUGCGCGGCGUACGUGUUGGCCCUGAGGCCGUGGAGUUUCAGCGCCUCGCUCACACCUGUGGCUCUGGGCAGCGCUCUGGCCUACAAACUGGAGGGGUCGGUGGACCUCCUGGUUCUCCUGGUCUGUGCCGUGGCGGUUCUGGUGGUUCAUGGUGCAGGGAACCUGGUGAACACCUACUAUGAUUUCUCCAAGGGAAUCGAUCACAAGAAGAGCGACGACAGGACUCUGGUGGAUCAGAUCCUGAAGCCGCAGGACGUGGUGAUGUUUGGGGCGGUGUUGUACUCGGCAGGAUGUCUCUGUGCCACGCUGCUCUACUUCCUGUCCACCCUGAAACUAGAGCACUUAGCUCUCAUUUACUUCGGAGGACUGUCCAGCUCUUUUUUAUACACUGGAGGCAUCGGACUGAAGUACGUUGCUCUGGGCGACGUGGUCAUCCUCAUCACCUUCGGUCCUCUGGCGGUGAUGUUCGCUCACGCUGUGCAGGUGGGCUACCUGUCGGUGCUGCCGCUGGUGUACGCCGUGCCGCUGGCGCUCAACACCGAAGCCAUCCUGCACAGCAACAACACCCGAGACAUGGACUCGGACAAGCAGGCGGGCAUCGUCACCCUGGCCAUCCUGGUGGGGCCCACGCUGUCCUACGUCAUCUACAACUUGCUGCUCUUCGUCCCCUAUCUGCUGUUCUGCAUCUUAGCCACGCGCUACACCAUUAGCAUGGCUCUGCCGCUGCUGACGCUGCCCAUGGCCUUUCCUCUCGAGAGGCAGUUCCGUCGGCAGUGUUACGCCAAGAUCCCACAAAAGACUGCCAAGCUCAAUUUGCUCAUGGGACUCUUCUACGUUUUUGGGAUUAUUUUGGCACCGCAGGGUAGCUUGCCGUUAUUGUGAAAGAACUAGAACUUUUGUCCUAUUCGUUUUAAACAACUCUAGAUACUUUUGUAUUUAUAGUAAUGUUAAUCUAAAAUUCAAAGACUUUAAUUUAUUGUGGUUUAUUUAUGUUUUCGGAGUGGGCGAGUGCUCUCGUGCAGCGCUAAAGGUUCAUAGACUGUCCGGUACAUCAGUAUUGUAAAAAGAGACCAGUCUGUAAAUGAAGAAGCACAUACAUACACACACAUUAUAUAUAUAUAUAUAUGCGUUUACUAGUAAAUUAAAUGUUUCUGAUAUAUUUAGGACUUUUCUCAUUAUUUCAUGUUUUUCUAGACAUGACUAUAAAAUCGUUUUUUAAUGUUUUUGAUUGUUUUCAUUUUAUAAAACCACGAUAUCAUCUUCCUUGUCAAUUCUCAAGUAGCAGCUCUUCAGUUCUGUGUCCAUGUCUGCUCAGAUUUGCCUAAAAACAUGGUGGUCAGUUGGUGAGUGUUUUAAUGAGGGAAUCUUUAGUUUUUUAGGUUUAGUGCCAUUGACUUGCAGGGUUUUUGCCAAAUAAACCAAACUCCUGAAUCUACAAGAAAGGUGUAGUGCUUCUCAGCUGGAUCUUAUGUCAUAGACAGCGUUAGACAUUUCAAUGCCACUUUUUUUUUUUUUUUUUUCCCAAAUAAAGGAUGUACCAAACCAA